AUGCCAUUUUUUCAAUUACCUUCACCACCAACUUCACCACCGUUAAAUAAAUUUCAAUUUGAAUUCAAUAAUGAACAACAACAACAACAACAACAACAAUCAUCAUCAUCAUCAUCAUUAUCAUCAUCAUCUGUUUUGAUCUCACCUCCAUUGUCGCCAAUUAUUGUAAAACAAAAAAUUGAAAAAAUUGAAAAAAUUGAGAAAUUUCAUGAUGAAUUAGGUAUUAAAGAUUAUACAUUUGCAGAAUUAUCAAGUUUAUUUAAAAACAAUUUAUUUCAAUUAAUUAUUAAUUAUAAUGAUUAUUUGUUUCAUACAAAACAGAAAAUUCUUUUCCUUUUUGAAAUUUAUUUCAGUAUAUCAGCGACUAAUAAUAAUAAUAAUAAUAAUAAUAAUAAUGAUGAUGAUGAUGAUAAUUCAUUUAAAUUAAAACCAAAACUCUCAAAACAAUUUGAUUCAAGAUAUAUUGAAUUAUUUGAAUAUUUAUAUAUGGCAAAUUUUGAAAUUUGGUCACUUAGAAAAACAAUCAAUUUAAUUAUAAUGACAAUGAAAUAUAAUAAAUUUAUAAAUAGAAAUCAAGUAAUUGAAUUAAAUAAUAAAAUAAUUAAUGAUAUUAAAGAUGUUCAAAAAAAAUAUCAAGACAAUGAUGAUAAUGAUAUUGAUAAUGAUAUUCUUGAAACUGAUGAAGUUUCUCAUAAUAAUGAUGAAGAAGAAGAUGAAUUUGAAAUUGGUUUAUUAGAUAAAUGUCCUGAAUUAUGUCAAGAUUUAUUAGAAUUGGAUAACUAUUUGUUUAUCAAGUUGAAAUCAAGAAUAUUUAAGAACUAAAUACUUGGUUGGUUUCCAAUUAUAUCUAUGAUUAAAUGAUUAAAUGAAUAUAUACCUAUAAAAUUGUUUCACAUUUGGUAGCGAUUUUUAUUUUAUCAACACUUUUUGUUUUAGAACACAUAAUAAUAUGUCUAUUGAAUUACCGUCAUUAACUUUAGAUGAAUUUAUUAUAGCAAUUAAAGAUGUAUCUCAAUUAGAAUUACAAAAUAAAAAGAAGGAACAAUUACAUUUUAUCUUUAAAUUAAUUGAAACAAAUAAUGAAUUAAAUGAAGAAAUCAAAAUUGAAACAAAAAAUGAAUUAAAUGAAGAAAUCAAAAUUGAAACUAAUAAUAAAGAUGAUUUACAAUAUUAUAAAGAAACAAUUGUUGAAAAUAAACAUUAUUUAUUACAACAAUUAGCAAGAAUUAAGGCUAUAAAUAGUGAAUUGGUAAAUAGAGGUUUAUUAAAUGAACAAACCAAAAAGAAUGAGGAAUUAAAACUUAUUAAUGAAAUAAAUGAAAAAAGUAAUGAGAAAAGUAAUGAAAUAGUACAAGAACAAGAAGGUAUUUACCUUUAA